UUUACAUUCCAGAUCUGUAUAAAAGCUAUAAAAGCAGCCUGCUUCUAACAAAGUUUUGUCUCGCUUCUUUUUUCUUCUGGCCCCCUUUCAAAGCAGAGAAUCGCAGUCAACCUGAGCUGGCAUCCUUCCAGCACUCAGGAGCACUAACGGGGUAAAUUGUAAGCGACUCCAGAGCUGGCCACUGUUGUAUCCCAACACUGGGCCUGUUUUGUUCCAGCUGAUGGUGCGGCUCUGCUGACUCUCAAACAUGCUGGAGAGAAUAAAUUGCUGCAGUUUAUUCCCAUCCAGCUGACAUUCCCGCCAUGCCAUCACUCACGAGCAGGGAUCUGCACGUUAGAAAUGUAACCCACUACCCCAGACAGCCUUCAGUCCUCAGAGAGGAGUGGGAGGAGAGGAGGCUUCCCACUUCAAGACUCAGCAUUGACUCAAUCUGCUGGCAGCAAGAUCCCCAAACCCAAACUGAUGGCUUAGAGGUUCCCAGGGUAAAUCUGAAGGCUCAGCCUCCUUGCAAGACUCAGCAUCCUGGCAGGGCCAGGGGAAUGUCACAAUGCAGAGUCCCUCGGCAAGCCUGAUUGGGUCUUCCUAUGGAAGCACACCUGUGUUUACAAAGGGUCUACAAAACAUAAGAGCUACAAAGGGUCAAUUAGUGGUAUUUGAAUGUCGCAUUCGUGCUACACCCACCUUACACGUUCACUGGUACAGAGAAUAUGAUCAGAUAACAGAUUCCGCAGAUUUCCGAAUACUACGAAAAAAGGCUUGUUCAUCAUCAGUUCCUGAGGAAGUCUGCACCCUGGUCAUUACAGAAGCUUUUCCCGAGGACUCUGGAAUAUUUAAAUGUGUUGCUGAAAAUGAAUUUGGAUCUGUAGCAUCCAGUGCACAUCUCUCUGUUUCCGCAGGAGCAAAAGAGCUGGAAAGCUUUGCAGGUGCUGCCCGCUUGCCAGCUGUGCAAGUCACCAUGAAGAAACCCACCUUCGCGAGGAACAGCCAAGCUGCAGGCAAGGACCGUGACGCACCCAGCCUGCCAUCCUACAGCACGGACACCCCGGGGCUGGGGAACCGAGCGGAAGCCACAAACUUCGGCCAGAUGAAUUCAAAGAGUGAAGCUGAAGAUUUUCACGGCGUUUAUGAGAAUUCACCUCAAGCUUCUCCUCUGCGGGAAAAUCCACACCAAGAAAGCCUCUAUUCUGCAAGGCCAGGGUUCCAUUCUAUCCAGGAGCCCAGCCAAGACAGCUUUCGUGGCCUACCAGCUAGUUUUUACCCGUCACCUAUCCAAAGCCAGUUAUCACCAACAAAAACCCAGGACAGUCGUGAAACUUCUCCUAUGAGUGUCCAUAAUUUCCCAUCCGUUUCCUCUAUGUGCCAACCAACCAUGUUUAACUACGAACGUCCAAAACACUUUAUCCAGUCUAAGAAUGUGUGUCAAGGGCAACAGCAGCCUCCGGGACCUGCAACCUCUACAGAGCCGAGCAGACAAAUCAAACAGUCCUCCAUUCUAAUACAGCCUCGUAACCCUAGUGGGCAGAAAUUCUCCUCCUCGUCAUCGCUGAGCUCUUCAAUCACGCUCUCCUCGCCUUCCUGUAGUGCCCCUAAGGAAUCCACAUAUCCCGUCACGCCUGCGUCUGCGCAGUCUCCUGCUAGCUCAUCAUCCGGGCAACGGCUUAUAUCCAUGCCUAACCAACCCCCCGCAGCAUUCCUGUGCUCAGUGCUACCCUCGCAGCCUGAUUAUAACAGCCAAACUCCUCCUGGGGAACCUCAUUACUCAAAGCCAAUGUAUAACAAACAAGCUAGCAUCAACUCUAUGCAGAAGACGUCUGACCAAGAAAUUCGAGGAACAAAAGAGGCCCUCAUCCAGGACUUGGAAAAGAAACUCCGGUGCAAAGACAACCUUCUCCAGAAUGGCAACCAGCGAUUAACUUAUGAAGAAAGAAUGGCUCGCAGGCUGCUAGGACCAGAAAACGCUGCAUCUGUGUUUGAAGCACAAAGCGAAGAUAUGCAGAACGCACAGCACCAGAACGCAGAGAACAUCAGGCUGCAGGUUCCUACAACACAUGUAAGGAGCAGACCAUCCUCAAGAGGAGAUGAACGUGGACAUGAUGCAAUUCAGGAAAAGUUUUUUCAACCACGUUUUACACAAGUGCCAGAAGAUGUCAUUAUUGAGGAGGGGCGAUUCUGCAGGCUCGACUUCAAAGUUAGUGGGCUGCCAACCCCAGAUGUGAUGUGGUAUCAGAACGGAAGGAUGGUACAUCAAGACCAGUUUCAUAAAAUGAUCGUGUCAGAAAAGGGAUUCCACUCAUUUAUUUUUGAAGCAGUCAAAUCAUCUGAUGCAGGGACAUACGAAUGUGUGGCUGUCAACCGUGCAGGAGAAGCAUCUUUUGCAGUAAAAGUGGAAGUAAUUGCAAAAGAACAUCACACGCCUCCAACUUUCAUCUUUAAGCCACAAAGCAAAAAGGUUUUUGAAGGAGAUACAGCCAGACUCGAAUGCCAGAUCUCUGCCAUCCCAACACCUCGGAUUUACUGGAAAAGAAACAAUGAAAUGGUACAAUAUAAUACAGACCGAAUAAGCUUGUUACAUGACAAUACUGGAAGGAUUUGCCUCCUGAUUCAUAAUGCAAACAAGAAAGAUGCUGGUUGGUACACAGUGUCUGCUGUCAACGGAGCAGGAGUGGCCACAUGCCACGCCAGACUGGAGGUUGCAACACACGCAAACAAGCCAGUUCCAGCCCCAAAGCACUUACGGGUUCGACCAACUUUUAGCAAGUAUUUGGCACUUAAUGGCAGAGGACUGGACGUGAAACAAGCUUUCUCACCAGAAGGAGAGUUUCAGCGUUUGGCUGAGCAGUCUGGACUGUAUGAAAGUGAUGAACUUUAACUGGAAAUUAAGAGGAAAACUCACACCUAUAAGAGACAGUUACUACAUAGACGUAGUUAACCAAUGGUUGCUCUGAUUAGCAAAAUACCUAUCUACGUACUUCUACUUUGACUCUUGCACAUUCUGUUGUUCUCCUUUUACCUGUUAGAUUUUAUUUAUAUGGGUUGGUGAAUAUAGCCAUUUACUGAGUAUUGUAUUUUAAGCCUAAGAAAGCAGGGCAAUUAGAUUUUACAGGUGUAGGUGGUUUUAGCUCCACCUGUUCUUGGUUACUUGCUAAAGUAGAUUGGUUUGUACUGCUUCUCUAAUAUCACUCUUGAUAAUAUCAGAACUCUGUAAUGUCUGAAUACUAAAACCAAAUAGACUAGAGUGUUUUUAUGAGGACUACAUAGAGGCAAAUAAAACUUUAAAUAUCCACCA